CCAAGAUAUCUAUAUAUCUUGAUCAUGAAGAAAAUUACUAUGACAAAAGCUUCAACAAGCAGCAACUAUGUAUUCUGUUAUAUUUGCAAUACUAUUAGUUCUCACCGGUAUCUUGUUUUGGCGAUUGCGAUCAGCUCAUCUCCGCCACAAGAAACUACCACCUGGCCCUACGCCCUUACCAAUCAUCGGAAGCCUCCACUUACUGGGAACCUCCCCCAUCGUGCCCUCCACAAGCUCUCCCAAAAGUAUGGUCCCAUCAUGUCGAUCCGCCUUGGGUCCAUCCAAUUUGUGAUAGUCUCUUCGCCGGAAGCCGCCAAACUCUUCCUUGGGACUCAUGAUGUUGUUUUUGCUUCUCGUCCCAAUAUCCAAGCAACAAAGUACUUCGCUUAUAGUGGAAAGGGAUUGACUUUUACGGAAUAUGGAUCAUACUGGCGAAAUGUAAGGAAGUUUUGUACAUUGGAACUGCUUAGUGCUAAGAAAAUUAAUAGUUUUGCAGGGAUAAGAAGGGAGGAGAUCAGGUUGAUGCUGGAGGAGAUUAGGAUUGCGUCCGUGGGACGUAAGGUGGUGAAUUUAAGUGAGACUGUAGGUGCGCUGAUUGAAGGCAUGACGUGUAGGAUGAUAUUUGGUAAGAAAAAUGAUGACAAGUUCCUUUUCAAGAGCGUAAUGGACGAGAGCAUGGAAGCAAUAGGCAUCUUCAAUUUGGCCGACUAUGUGCCCAUGUUAGCUCCGUUUGAUCUUCAGGGCUUGACUAAACGCUUUAAGUUGUUAAGCAAGGAACUUGAUGAAAUUUUGGAGACAUUGAUAAAUGAGCAUGAAGAACACAUACUUAUUAAAUCUCAAAGUCAUGAAGAAAUGGAUUUUAUCGACAUAUUGCUUUCACUAAAGCACCGGUAUUCAAAUACCCAUGAUGGCCUAUCCUUUACAAUUGAUAGGUCUGGUAUGAAAUGCAUUUUAGUGGAUUUGAUAGCUGGCUCCAUUGAUACCAUAAAAACUUCUGUUGAAUGGAUUUUAGCUGCACUUAUAAAACACCCUAGAGUGAUGAAGAAACUACAACAAGAGUUGAAAGUUGUGAUUGGAGAUAAACAUGUGGUUGAAGAAACAGAUUUGCCAAACUUAAGUUACUUGCACAUGGUAGUUAAGGAGACUUUAAGGCUUUAUCCUAUUGCUCCACUAUUAGUUCCACAUCAAUCAAUGGAGGAUAUUGUGAUUAAUGGUUACAAUAUACCCAAGAAUACACGACUUCUUGUAAAUUAUUGGGCAUUUGGACGUGACUCAAAAGUUUGGUCUGAAAAUUGGGAGGAGUUUCUUCCAGAGAGGUUUUUAGACACAGAAGUCGAUUUUCGUGGACAUGAUUAUCAACUUAUACAAUUUGGAAUUGGUAGAAGAGGAUGUCCUGGAAUGAAUUUAGGAUUACUAAACACUGGCUUGGUGGUUUCCAACAUGGUACAUUUCUUUGAUUGGGAGCUACCGAGUGGGAUGUCAUCAAGUGACCUGGAUAUGAAAGAAAAAUUUGGAUUAACUACCCCCAGGGCUAAACCCUUAUUAGCUAAUCCUAUAUACCAAAACUGAGGAAGAGGGAC